UGACCAACACAGGACUAGUGGAACAAACCAACAACCAGCAAAAUGGUCGAGUGGACAGAUUUCGAGCGCUCCACCAUCGCGGACAUCUUCUCCAAGAUUGACUAUGAAUCCGUGGGCCCUGCAGCUCUCUGCAGGUGUCUGAUCGUCUACCCCUGGACUCAGAGGUAUUUCGGCAACUUUGGAAACCUCUACAACGCCGCUGCAAUCAUGGGAAAUCCGUUGGUUGCAAAACACGGAGUAACUAUCCUCCACGGUCUGGACCGGGCUGUGAAGAACAUGGACGACAUCAAGAACGUCUAUUCCGAGCUGAGCGUGCUGCACUCCGAGAAACUGCACGUGGAUCCUGAUAACUUCAGGCUGCUUUCCGACUGCCUGACCAUUGUGCUCGCCACUAAGAUGGGCAAAGGCUUCACUGGUGAGGUCCAGGCAGCUUUCCAGAAGUUCAUGGCCGUGGUGGUGUCCGCCCUGGGAAGACAGUACCACUAGAGAGAUUCAGCAGAAGAUCACGCAGAGCAUAAGUUCUUUUUUUUUGUCAUGUCUCAAAGGCAAAAAUAAAUAAAAGAAUACGCAUAUUCCACAA